AUGGAGAAGUUCUCGGCAUUUCGGGAUCCCGGAACAGGAAUUCAGCCGUUCCUGAAACCUGUUCCGCCCACAGGCAGUGAGACACUGACAGCCAUCGCGCUGCCGUUUGGCUACGUCGUCGGUACUGUGCGGACAUUGCUGGUACUGAUAUCGGGCGUGCUAUAUGUCGUCCUGGUUGAAGGAGUGUGCCUUGCUCUUAAACCAGUGCCACCGCUACAUCGAAUCGUGACGCUCCUCUUAAUUCUUGGACUGCCAUGGAUCCCGGUCGAGAUGGUGACCCGUAAACGAGGGAGGGGGUCCAAAGCACCUGAGCCAUGGAGCCCUGGUGCAGGCGAUAUCAUCGUGUCAAACUGGGCCUCGACCAUUGAGAUCCUAUGGUUAGCAUUCCGUGUAUUCCGCUUCGACUUCCCGGAACCCAGUGCGCGUGUCUCCUCGCCCGUCGCCCGGACGCCCGGACGACGCACUGGCACCGGCUCCGCAGCCAUAUCUUCUCCUGCCGCUCGUGCCCCGACGCCGCGUGUGCCCAUUGCAGGCUUCAAGCAGGUAUCACUCUUUGGCAUCUUGCGUGCCACCGGGCACGUUCCAGACGCUACACAGCCUGGCUCUCCGGGCAUCAAGUCUCUGGAGGAGAUUCGGAGCAACUCCGACCGUCCUGUCGUCGUGUUCCCGGAGUGCGCGACGAGCAAUGGACGUGGUCUGUUGAGGUUUGCAGAGAUCUUCAAGGGCGUCUCUGUCCCUGUGACGAAGUUCAAGGUCUUUGUUAUGUGUGUUCGCUAUGACCCUCCGACUGCACUCUCGCCAACGAUGACACACUCAAUACCGUCUAACUCAAUUAAUCCCAUACCGCAGCUCUUCUCGCUCACGACUUCUCUGGUGCCACUCACGAUGUCCAUACGCCUCCUCGCACCGUCAGAGUCACCGAGCUCCGGCUCGUUCCUUGCGAGCGAGUUCCUCACAGAGGGCACAAACGACGACUACCUCACCGAAGCGUGCGCAUCACUGAUUGCACAGAUCGGCAAAAUGAAGAGAGUUGGAUUUGGUUGGGAGGACAAAGCCGCGUUCUUGGAAUUCUACAACAGCAAGAAGUAG